UGGGACGAUACUUGAAUAUGGCUAAUCAACUUUCAUUCCGCAUUUCCACGUCGUUUUCUUCUUAUCGCUUCCGUGCUUCUUCCUCUACCACAACAAUCACCAAUCGCACUCACGCGAACUUCCCUACACCACGCUCGUCAUGUUGCCUGUCCUAGCACCACCUUCUUUAGAUCUCCUUGACGCCCUCGACCGCCGUCGUCUCCCAGAGCUCCAGUACCUGAGCGCCUACUGCCCCUUCAGUCUCAAUGCCAGACCCUGCCCUCACGGCUCAAAGUGCUCGCUCAAGCGCGUCUGCUAUGUCCUCUGUUCCUUCCGCACCAACACCAGCGGUCAGCCCUGCGAUGGUCAUCACCACGUCUCCGCCAUCUGCGAGCAGUUCCUGACAGACAAGGGUUGUCGUUACCGCAAGGAUGAUGAUCAUCCUUUCCUCCCUAGGAGUCACGACUUUGAGCUUCAUCGUUGCAUGGAUGUUAUGCUUAAACCUCACAGACUUGGUCUUUAUGGCGUUCAAAACUUCUGAGUUAUGGGCUUAAAGUGAGAGGCGAGGCUUUGGUCAUGCUGGCAAUACUUUUUCUUGUGUCGACAUCACUUUCUUUCAUCAACCCUUUCCAGCACAACUCACAGGACAUUGGGGCAGGGGCAAAUUAGUUUGGGGGCCGGAGACAUAGACCUCCGAAAGACAGUCUUCUCUGCAAAUGCACGCAUUCUACAGCAUAUCAAGUCGGAUGUCUUCAAUGAUUA